UUUUCCUUAAAUGAUUUGAAAUAUUUUUGGGCAAUUUUAAGGUUUAAUAAUUAACAGGGUUCUGUGUAAUUAUGCUUCACCAUGUAUAUUGGGUUGGCAGAUGAGAUUGAACUUCUUUGAUUUUUCGUUUAAAGAAAUGUUUCUUGUUUUUUCUUGCAUCCAUCUUGUCUUUCUAUGUGGUCAUUGCGGCCUGUGUGGAUUAAUGUUUUAUAUUGCAUUGUCAAUUAUAAGAAAUCAUAAUGUAAGGGCAUACUUUAGAUAUUCUAAACUUUGAUCAUCAAGGUUGAGCUUUACGCAUGACAGAUCAUAAUAGAUGUGACAUUACUGUUUUUCUCUUUCUGUUUGUUGUAUAAAUUUGGUGUUUCUUUCACAUUACUGUUUCGAAGGAUUUGGGAACUUGCUCUAAACAAUAUUUAUCUUUAUGUUCUUACAGAUUAGCAAAAGAGUCUUUGAAGUGAUGAAAAGUGAAUGCUCUAUGGAUGUUUGGGUUCCGUCUGCAGUAGAGAUGUCGGAAUUAGAUGCUCCAAAAGGACAGCCUCAGAAAGAAAAUGAUCGCGGUAUUAGUGGUUGUAUGGACAAAGCAGAUGGGGGUAACCAAGCGAUUCAAGGGAAAGAUGGGAAAACUAACAGUAAACCAUUUGAAUUGUACAAAAGACGAACAACUGUGGUUGUUAGAAGAAAAACUUUCUUAGAUGUUGUUUGUGAUGCGCUGGCUGAAUACAAGUAUGUGGGUCCCAACCAGAGAGCGGAUUUGGUUUUAGCUUGCAGAAUUCGGGAAAGGAAGGAAUCUGUAACUGUGCUGUUGUGUGGGACCAGUGGUUGUGGCAAAUCUACAUUGUCAGCACUGCUGGGUAGCAGGUUGGGUAUCACGACUGUGAUAUCUACCGACUCGAUUCGGCAUAUGAUGAGGAGCUUUGUAGAUGAAAAGCAAAAUCCCUUGGUUUGGGCUUCAACAUACCAUGCUGGGGAAUAUUUGGAUAUAAAGGCUGUAGCAGCAGCAAAGGCCAAACGAAAAGCUAAAAAAUUAGCUGGUGUUUCCCAGCCACUACCAAAAGAUGAUGUCUCUGAUGGUUCUACAGUUGGAAAGUCUGAUACCCAACCACCAGAAGUGGGUUCUAAUUCUGCCGAAUUUAUCAGGCCGAGACAAAUGGCCAUUGAGGGAUUUAAAGCACAAAGUGAAAUGGUCAUUGACAGCCUUGACCGGCUGAUCACUGCAUGGGAAGAACGGAAAGAAUCAGUAGUAGUUGAGGGUGUCCACUUAAGCCUUAAUUUUGUGAUGGGGCUUAUGAAGAAACAUCCUUCAAUCAUACCAUUCAUGAUAUACAUAACAAAUGAGGACAAGCACAUGGAAAGAUUUGCAGUUCGUGCAAAGUACAUGACUCUAGACCCUGCUAAAAACAAAUAUGUAAAAUAUAUUCGAAACAUCAGGUCAAUCCAAGAAUAUCUCUGCAAGCGAGCUGACAAGCAUUUGGUCCCAAAAAUAAAUAAUACGAAUGUUGACAAGAGUGUGGCUGCCAUCCACGCAACACUUUUUAGCUGCCUUAGAAGGCGUGAGGCCGGGGAGCAACUUUACGAUCCUGCCACAAAUACAGUUUCCGUGGUUGAUGAAGAAUACAUGAAUCAAUGUGCUGCCAAUUCAUUGAGCUCCAAGGGCAUGUUCCAACUUAUUCAAAGACAAGGUUCUACUAGGCAUCUCAUGGCUCUUCUGAAUAACGAUGGCUCUGUGGCAAAGGCUUGGCCGGUUCACUCAAUUGACUGUAAUGGCAAGCACAUAGUGGAUGAAUCUACUCAGAAAGGGGUUGGGUCACCGAUGUAUGGGCCGUUGCAGAUUGGUAAAGCCGAACCUGUUAAUCUUCAGUUUGGUAACUUUGGGAUCAGUGCUUGGCCCAGUGAUACUGGUGGCACAAGUCGUUGCAGCAGUGUUGAUGAGAGGGGUGAUAUCACUGACAAUGGUAGUAGAUAUUAUUCUUCCUGUUGUAGUUCGCCCAGGAUGUCUGAUGGACCAGCCAAGGAGCUCAAGGAGGAGCAUUCUGUGCAUGGCAGUGAUGAGGAAGUUGAUGAUACUCCCGAGGUGGACAGCGACGAGGAUUUUAGUGAUGAUGGUCGAAAACAAAUUGAUGAAGAGGGUUCUGUGGAUGAGGAAUCCACUAAAUCGGAUGAAGAGUACGAUGAUCUUGCGAUGCAGGAUAACCAAGACAGUGGCUACUGGACAGAUGACGAUGAUGAGUUCAAGGCUAAGGUUGUGCCUAUUUCUGGGGAGGAACCAACUUGUGAGGUUCUGGGUAUCCAUGGAAAUGAUAAGAAAAAUUUUAACCGCCUCUUAAGAACUACUAAAAGUGAACCAGUGUCUGAGCUACCUUGCUCUCUGUCUUCUUUACUGAAGGAGAAGAAUGAAAAGAGAGUGACAUCUCCAUGUCAUGUCAAAAUGCGAAAACGUUCGCAUAGUAUACCCGCGUUUGGAAAGCAUGGUUCAGUUAUCAAAGGUCCCAUUCUCUCUGGAACACCACAAAGGUAGCUGGCAUUUUUUGUUUUUUUUUUUAUAAUUUUUGCAUCCUUUCUUUUUGAUGUCUCCCUUAGCCUUUUGGCAUUGCGGUUUAAAUAGUAAUGAGGCGAUUCGCCUCACUGUAUAGAAUAUUUUUGAGAGUAUUGACACAUGACUCUGUAUUUUUCUUGCAAUUUUGCUUUUGUGCCCAAGCUUUCAUCUUUCAA